AAGCGGCAGGGGGCGUGGCCUCACAGACGGCACUCCAAGUUUACUGUGUGUUUGAUUGACGGACCAGAGGGAUUUAAAGACAGAUCAGGCGGAGAAUCAUCAACUAUGUCAAGUCCAAAAAAGAUUUGCAUCAUCGGCUCCGGGAACUGGGGCUCUGCUAUUGCCAAGAUAGUCGGCGUGAACGCGAGGAAUAACUCAAAGUUUGACUCCACGGUUAACAUGUGGGUGUUCGAGGAGAUGGUGAAUGGACGCAAACUCACAGAGAUCAUCAACACAGACCACGAGAACGCCAAGUACUUGCCCGGACACAAGCUUCCAGAGAAUGUUGUGGCAGUGGCGGAUCUGGUGGAGGCAGCCAAGGCCGCUGACAUUCUGCUCUUUGUGAUUCCACAUCAGUUCAUCGGCCGUGUUUGUGACACCAUCAAGGGCAAAAUCAAACAGAAUGCUCUUGGAAUGUCGCUUAUCAAGGGGGUAGAUGAAGGACCAGAUGGACUGAAGCUCAUUUCCAAGGUCAUUCACGAGAAGCUCGGCAUCAGAAUGAGCGUGCUGAUGGGGGCAAAUAUCGCCAAUGAGGUGGCCGAUGAGAAAUUCUGCGAGACCACUAUUGGCUGCAGGGAUCAGGCUCAGGGGGUGGAGCUUAAAGAACUCAUGCAGACGGCUGACUUCCGGGUCACAGUCGUACGGGAAGCAGAUGUGGUGGAGAUCUGUGGUGCCCUUAAGAAUAUAGUGGCAGUGGGGGCUGGUUUCUGUGAUGGGUUGGACUUUGGUGACAACACAAAAGCAGCCGUGAUCAGACUGGGUUUGAUGGAGAUGAUCAGCUUUGCUCGGAUAUUCUGCACCGCCGGGACCGUCACACCUGCGACGUUCCUGGAGAGCUGCGGUGUUGCUGAUCUCAUCACCACGUGCUACGGAGGACGCAAUCGCAAGGUCGGAGAAGCCUUCGCCAAGACCGGCAAAUCUCUUGAGGAGCUUGAAAAGGAAAUGUUGAACGGUCAGAAACUUCAGGGUCCCGCCACGGCCGCCGAAAUCCACACCAUACUUAAAAACAAGGGCCUGCUGGACAAGUUUCCUUUAUUUAAUGGAGUGUAUGAGAUCUGUUAUGAAGGCCGGCCUGUCACCGAGUUCAUCCGCUGCUUGCAGAACCAUCCGGAACAUCAGUGACAGAAGGACAGUUUUGCUUUUGUAUGUGUGUGAACUGGUGCUCACUAUAUGUUUGGCAUGCUGGUUUCCAGUAUCGGAUCCCGUUGUCCUGAUGUCGUACAGCCAAGAUGCUUAGUCAACCUGUUUCACCAGUUAAAACUGCGUUGAAUUUGUAAACUGGCAAACGGGCAUUAUCUGUUCUGUGUAAUUGUGUUAUCAUUCCCUUUCAUCUUAAUGUGUAAGGUGGUCUUUCAAGCAGUGUGUGUGCAUGUGAGAGAGAGGUCCACUGUCAGGUUUUGUCACUGUUGAAGUUUUUGCUUUCAAUGUAAUAUCUGGAGACCUGGACCUUUAAUUAUAUACUUAUAGCCACGUCCUUCUGUAAAAAGCCCUCAAGUGCCUCGAACAACUAAAGUUGUUAUGAUCUACUUUAAAAUGAAUAAUGGCGAUUGUCCUCAGUCCGAAAUGCAAAAAAUAAAUCAUUGCAUUUG